AUUAUUUAUUAACUAUGAACUAGAAUAAUGUUAUGUUUUCGAAAGGUUAUAUAAUAUGUAGUAGUAUAACUUUAAUGUUUCGAUAAUUCUAAAAAUAUAGCUAAAUGAGUUAUUUCAUUAAGUGGUUGUUAAAGAGUCACCUUAAUUGAACAAAGUUAUUAACAAUUAAGAAAUAAUGACCUUUAAGGAGACUUUACGACGUUAUAAUGACCGCUAUGACCUUAAUAAGUGCUAACUAAUAUUUAAGCUUAAAAGCUAAAUAAUAACGAAACGUUCUUUAAUAAAAUUAUUCUUGAAUAGAUUAAAGAAGAUAAAGGAUAUUACAAGCCUCCCCCGGCUAUCAUGGUUGGUAAGCAGGAAUUCAGAUGGCAAGACUUCACCAAACCGCAAGAAAAAGGACAGCGAGGAAACUCACUGGCCCUCUCUCUGCUUCACCUUACUUGAUUCGCAUGAGAUACGGGGAGGAUAUUUGUGAUUAUGUCCAUCGUUUGAACUUGGCUAUUGAAAGCUACCAUUUUAAUGACUUAUAUGGAGAUUCAGACUUUUGCACUCGUGAAAAGAAAGCAUAUGUUUUAUUGACAACCCAACCUGAGCGAGGACCAUUAGGAGCAAUCAAAAGAAAAUACAAUGAUGUUUAUGUUAAUGAUGCCCCUAAUGUUGAGAGGUACACGCAUAAAGGAUCAUGGUUUCUGACCAUUGAGUAUCUACGAAGGGUCAUGAUUGAUGCUAUGGAAGAAUACUAUUACAAUCUCAAUGUAAAUGGCUCUAGUUCUGAUGAAGGGGAAGCUAAUAGAAGCCCUAACCCUACCUACCCUCAGUCCGAGAUGGAGGAUGAAGAGCCUAUGGAGGAUGAUGACCUCUAAGUUAUUCUUUCUUUUAUUUUAUUACGUGCAAUAAGAUUUUUUUUAGAACCAAUAGAUGUUUUGUUGACCAACGAUGUUAUGUCGAUUGAAUGAUUGAAUAAAGAUGUUUAAUUUUUCUAAAGUUGUGUUACUAGCUCAAACUAAAUACUUAUGUCUCAUUAU